CUUCAGUCCAGGAACUGGGAGCUACGGAGAGCAGAGCGAGGAGAAAGGAGAGGAGGAGGAGGAAAUAUUGUAAUUCUCCGCCCAACUCCAGCCCCACGCCCAGCACAACUAACAGGUAGGCAAGCUUGCAGAGAAUACUCAGAGGGAGUCCUGUGAGCAGCAAACGGAUCCUGGAAAAGAAGCUGAGAAGUAAAAUAUCAAAGUCUGGUCGGCACCGGCUCCCACUCCCGCUCCAGCCCCCAUUUCGGCUCCAGCGUCGCAUCCAGUUCCGGCCCUCAGUCCGCCUGUUUGCAUCCUCCCUCCGGGUUCCUGUCCUGAGCCAUCUCCUGCUCCGGGAUUCUGUAGCCGGACCCUCAAGCCAUGGCUGGUCCCUUUUCUCGUCUACUGUCUGCCCGCCCAGGGCUCAGGCUCCUGGCUUUGGCUGGAGCAGGGUCUCUAGCCGCUGGGUUUCUGCUCCGUCCAGAACCUGUUCGAGCCGCCAGUGAACGACGGAGGCUAUAUCCCCCGAGCGCUGAGUACCCAGACCUCCGAAAGCACAACAACUGCAUGGCCAGUCACCUGACCCCAGCAGUCUAUGCCCGGCUCUGCGACAAGACCACACCCACUGGUUGGACGCUAGAUCAGUGUAUCCAGACUGGCGUGGACAACCCCGGCCACCCCUUCAUCAAGACUGUGGGCAUGGUAGCUGGAGAUGAGGAGACCUAUGAGGUUUUUGCUGAGCUGUUUGACCCUGUGAUCCAAGAGCGACACAAUGGAUAUGACCCCCGGACGAUGAAACAUACCACUGACCUGGAUGCCAGCAAGAUCCGUUCUGGCUACUUUGAUGAGAGGUAUGUAUUGUCCUCGAGAGUCAGAACCGGCCGGAGUAUCCGGGGACUCAGCCUACCUCCAGCCUGCACUCGGGCAGAGCGGCGAGAGGUGGAACGUGUCGUGGUGGAUGCGCUGAGUGGCCUGAAGGGUGACCUGGCUGGACGCUACUAUCGGCUCAGUGAGAUGACAGAGGCUGAGCAGCAGCAGCUUAUUGAUGACCACUUCCUCUUUGAUAAGCCUGUGUCCCCAUUGUUGACUGCAGCAGGAAUGGCUCGAGAUUGGCCAGAUGCUCGUGGAAUCUGGCACAACAAUGAGAAGAGCUUCUUGAUCUGGGUGAACGAGGAGGAUCAUACACGGGUCAUCUCCAUGGAGAAGGGUGGCAACAUGAAAAAAGUGUUUGAAAGAUUCUGCCGAGGCCUCAAAGAGGUGGAGCGGCUGAUCCAGGAGCGUGGCUGGGAGUUCAUGUGGAAUGAGCGUUUGGGAUACAUCUUGACCUGUCCGUCUAACCUGGGCACUGGACUUCGGGCAGGAGUUCACAUCAAACUGCCCCUGCUAAGCAAAGAUAGCCGCUUCCCAAAGAUCCUGGAGAACCUAAGACUCCAAAAGCGUGGGACUGGAGGAGUGGACACAGCUGCCACAGGCAGUGUCUUUGACGUCUCUAAUUUGGACCGACUGGGCAAGUCAGAGGUGGAGCUGGUGCAGCUGGUCAUCGAUGGAGUAAACUAUUUGAUUGACUGUGAACGGCGACUGGAGCGAGGCCAGGAUAUCCGCAUCCCUCCACCUCUCAUCCCCAGCAAGCAUUAACUCCCGUCCCCAGCAGAUGACUCAAGAUUCCCACCACCUCUGCCAUUGUAAUGGUGGUCCCUUCUCCUUGCUCUGGAUGCCCCCUUUCCCCUCAUGCCCUUUGUCCUAGUAAAGACUCCUUGCUAUGCUUCA